AUGUGGUAUUACCCAUCAAUGUAUACUGGCUUACUGGAUGACAAAUCCAAUCAUUCAAACUGUCACAGUUUAUUCUAUAACCGUGGUCAAAAUGAUGCAAAUGAAGUUUCUGCUAAUGUUCAUGAUCAUGGAACUGAUGAAACCAAGUUGCUUGAACUGAAAAGAGGCAGUCUCGGCAAGGAAGUGGGGACCUUGGAAUACCCAGAUCUUCCUUGGAAGAGGAAAUGGUAUCCUAGCCCAAGUGCCAUUGAGCAUAGAAAGCUCCAAACCACCCAAAAAGCUGGUUCAGAUAGCAGAAAGGAUGUACAGAAGGACACAGUUGCUGCAACAUCUCCUAGCUUCCAAAGAAUGAUAACUGCUGCUCUCGGCUGUGGUCAGAUUGGGUAUAAGCUUCCUAGCUGUCAGGAAUUAAAAGGCUGGAUCCUAAAAGAGGAAGUGAAAGAGAUGCAACAGUAUGUGAAGGAUGUUGGGGUUGAAAAUGUUGUUCAAAUUAUCACAUAUUCAAUCUCAGACUGUAUGGCAGCUGCAGGCCAGAGAUUAAUGGAGAAGUUCCGGACGGUGUUUUGGACAGUUAGUGCAUCUUAUUGCAUAGAACUCAUGUUAGAAAAGAUUGGGAUGAUGGAUCCCAUUAGAGGAAUAUUGGAUAAGGCCAAGGCCAUUACAAAGUUCAUUCACAGUCAUGCAACAGUUUUGAAGCUCAUGAGAAAUUAUACUUCUGCUAAUACCCUGGUAAAACCAUCAAAAAUUAAAUUGGCAAAACCUUCUUGA